UAUAAUUGUUGGUUAUAAUGCACAGGUUGCUCGAGGUCAGAUUGAGCGAGCAAGUGAUAUGAGGAAAAGGCUAACAUCUCCUCCAGUUCCUGGUCUUCCAUCUGGCAAUAAUAUUCCAGCAACAGAGUCUGCAAAGGUGGUAGAGUCCAUUAUUCCCUCUAUUCAGCCAACCAGCGCUCCACCUCACUCUCUCAACCAACCUGUCCUUUCAUUUGCACCAUUGAAAGCUACUGAAGAAGAUAACAAGAAAGCAGCGGCAGCUGCUGUUGCUGCUAAGCUUGCUGCCUCUACAUCCUCUGCCCAGAUGCUUACCUCGGUUCUUUCAUCUCUUGUUGCAGAAGAAGCUGCCUCAUUGAAUGGUAGCUUAAACUCUGGUGGAUUCACUGCAGGUUUAUCCAUAUUCCCGCCAGAAAAACGGCCCAAACUUGAGAAACCAAUGGCCAUUUCUGAUGUCAGCAAUUCUGAUGUGGGCAACUCAACCUAUUUUAGCUCUUUACAACAGCAACCAAUGACCAAUAUGCCAGUUGUACCAUCCUCAAGUAUGCAACCAAUGGCCCAAUCAAACCAGAUGCAAUCACCAUUUGCUCCAGCUCCGCCACCACCUCCUCCACCCCCUCUAUCACCCGUAAAUCCACCAGUUAGUCAAUAUGUUCAGUCUGCUGGUAUGAUGGUUGGUGUCAUGCCAUAUGGUUAUGGAGCAAAUGCACUACCACCACCACCUCUGCUGCCUCCACAUAUUGCAAUGGGUUUGGGACGACCUGGUUCCCAGUCACUACAGCCUCAGCCACAGCCACAGCCCCAGCAUUCGCAGCAGCAACAACAGCAACAGCAGCAGCAGCAACCAGCUGGAGGAGGAUAUUAUCGGCCGCCAGGCAUUGGAUUUUAUGGGCAGAGCCAGCCUUCAACGCCUCCAGUACCUCGGCAGUAAGCUACCCUCAAAACUCACGGGUGACAGGGUCCUUAAAGAGGCUGUUGUGUAUUGGGUUUUUCAGGCAAAGCCAUCAACCAGUACUUAUCCAACCUCGGCAUGGAGUUUUUCUUAAAAUCAUGAAACUCAUCGGGUCUUCAUGAUCUGUGCUAUUGUGUAAAUUAAUAGAAAUUUAGUUAGAUGUGCAUGUAGACUUAAUAUGAAAUCCUUUCACUGACACCCCACCUUAGGAUUCAUCAUACCCCCCAAAUCCAUGAUUACUUGCAAUGUUGCAUUGUAUCUGUGUAUUACCUGACGGAAACGAGACCUGACAGUACGACCCCUAUACUGUUUAACGCAAAAUAAUGUACGUGUUUAGUAGCAUGGGGGGUCAUCAUAUCUAGCCGUAAAAUAUUUGCAGGCACCUCUAUAUCUUGUUUUAGGCACCUUUUUUCUCUGCAUCCAGCAAUUGCUUCAAAUGUUGAACUUGAAUGCCUUUUUCAUCCUGCUUUCUUGGAUUUAGCUGUUUGGUAAAUUAUAACGACAUGCUGGAAGAAAAUAAGAAUACUGACUGU